AUGAAGUACUCCGUUUUAUUAGGAGUUCUUUCAGCGACGCUCUUCGCUUUAUCAACGGCUGAUAAUAGUGAGUUGAACGAACUUUGAGGGCAGGAAUGGGGAAUUUUUGAGAUAAGAUCCUUAUAAGUACCAGAAAAGUUCAAUGUAACUUCGAAAUAGCUUCACAGAAAAAAAAAGCGAGAUGAAAUUGACUUGGAAAGCAAAAAGGCCUAGGAAGAGGGGGACAAAAAGGGAAAAAUUCCAGUAGCCCCCCAAGUUAAGUUCCGAUCUGCGGGGGUAAAAAUCAGAAGACUUCAUGUAAGGGUGGGGGAUAGAAUCAAAGGCGAGGGACGAAUCUGUAUUCUAAAAAUGGCUCUCGCAGAACAAAACGGAGACCGAUUUCUAGGCAAUCUUUCAGAUUCUCCCCCACUGCUUUUGAAAUAGUCCCCGCAGAGCUCAUUCUGAACAAGCACCCUUACUGUUUCAGAUGGACCCCCUUCUUUUCAGAAUGCCCCCCCUCCUCCCAUUUCAGAAUUGCCCCCUCCCAUUUUAGAAUGACCCCUUCCUGUUUCAGAAUUCCCCCUCCCUUUUUUAGAAUUGCCCCCUUCCAAUUCAGAAUGCCCUUCUCCAUUACAGAAUGGCCCCCUCAUUUCAGAAUAACCCCCUCCCAUUUUAGAAUAGCUCCCUCCCAUUUCAGAAUGACCCCCCAUUUUAGAAUGCCCCCCUCCCCAUUUCAGAAUGACCCUCCUCCCGUUUCAAAAUGGCUUUUUUUCCGAAGAAAAGUUCUAAUUUAGCCUGUCGUCCUCAAUCAGUUCUCGAGGCCAACCAGCCGUAUAGUUUUCCCGCCGGAUGGACUAUAAAUUCGGCCGCUGAGCCGUUGGCACCGAGCCAGAAGUGCUCAUGGAGUGUGAGAAAUUUUUUUGCGGAAUUCGAAAUUUAUAAAUUUUUCAGGCGGAUAUCCCGCAAGGGAUGUUUGUGAUAAUCAAAGCGAAGGGAAUUUCGCUCGAUGAUCCCAUUACCUUCACUGAUGGCUUGGGAUUCGUUGAUAGGUUUUUUCGUUAUUAAAUAAAUUAGGUCCAGUUUAACCAUUCAGUGGUAAGAAAACCUUUGAAAGCACUUCCCAUAAAAUGCUACAUUAGAAAAGGAACUUUCUCUCAAUUUUCGAAGCUUCUAAGCCACGGCGAUUUUUUCCGUAAAUUAUAGUGUGUCGUGUGCAUACACUGCGGCGCUCUGGCACACGCCCCGUUCAACGUAAUUUUCGCGAACUGAAUUUCAGUUAUAUUUUUCACUUUCUAAUGGCUAUUUUGAAUUUCUUUCAACACGACAUGCGUUCUAAAACAAAAAAAAAACAGAAAAAUCGCGUUUUUUUUAAUGAGAAAUUGAUUCGUCUCGGGACCCAUUAAAAUGGGAACGGCGGAGUUUUUGACCACGCCCCCUUAGUUUUUGGUUCUCUUCCACUAACAACGUAAAGCCUCUCUUCUCUACAUGAAAAAAAUUUGAGUUAUGAAUAUUUUUUUAGAUUGAUUUUUUCAGGCUUCUUUCGGAGCCAGGGGGUACUAUUUUUCUGGUUCACGGCCCCCUCCUUCAAAAUCGAUAUAUCGACGUCGGCCACGACAAACGCGACAUUGGCUUUCGAUAUUCAAUGGGGAUGGAGUAGGAAGUUUGAAAUAAUCUCGAAAAAAUUAUUUUUGAAGUUCCGCUAGUGGCAAAUAGUUCCCAAAAAGUGGCGGUGAGCAAAAAUCAACAAGGACAGGUUUUUCAAACUGAUGGAAGUGCUGCCCCGGCGGUUAUCCAAGCCGAUGUUCAGGUAGGAGAAAUGAUAAUUUGGUUAAAUAAUCAAAGAAAACGAUAAUCGAAGGUUAAUGCAAUAAUGCGUAUUUUUUUAGCUUUAAAGGUUUUUCUAGUUUGCUUUUUGAGAAGAAAAAAAUAGACUUUCUUCAGAGAUAAAAAAAUUUUUUUGUUGAAGAUGAAUUUUUUUGAAAUUUAAGGCUCAUCAGGCUUUUUAGCGUUCGAAAUCGGCUCCAACUGCACAUAGAAAAUAAAAAAAUAACUGUUGUUUUUGGGCCCUUUUUGAAAAAUAGAAGCUUAUGAACGGGUUUUUUCAGUUUUCACUUUCUCUGAAGUCAAGGAUUCACAGAAAAAAUUUCUCUGAUAAAAAAUAGGGUAAGAAAAUGCCCCCCUAUAAGGUAAAAAAAUUCAAAAAUUUAAGGCUCAUCAGGCUUUUAGCGUUCGGAUUCGGCCCUAACUGCACAUAGAAAAAAAAAAUGACUGCUCUUUUCGGGCCCUUUCUGAAAAAUAGAAGCUUCUAAACGUAGUUUUCUCGAUUUUCACUUUUUUCUAAAGUCAAGGAUUCACAAACAAAAAAGUCUCGAUGGAAAAUGGAGAACAAAAAUGCCCCCCUUAUAGGGUUGUACUUUAUAAGUUUGAAUAUUUCCCAAGGUUUCCGCCGUCCCAAUCGUCCUCCCUGGCCUAAUCGAUACCGUGAAAUUACUUCGAGGAGUAGUGAUCUUCGAUGGAAAUUCUGUCAACGGAAAGUUCCUUGGAAGGUGAAAAAGAAAGUGGAAAAACCAGUAUUUAUAGUUUUAUUCAGCCUUUACUCGGCGAUAGUUUCCGCGAAACAAAUUUUUUCGACGAGAAAAAGCGCCACGAUCGUGGCUCUUUCCAACAGCGUCGGCCAGGCUUUCAUGCUCCUUCAGGAUUUCGACAGUUGGUUUUUUAUUGAUUUCCGGGACUCUUUAAUUUUUCCUUGGUAUUAGACAGUUCCUUGGUAUCAUUAUAACUGGAAAACAGAAAUUCUUAUUUUGGAAUCGGGAAGAUGUUUCAGAAAUCAAAUCAGAUCCUGAAAACCGUUCGAAAAUUUCGAAUCUUUACAUUUAUUCUCACGAAAACCCCAAAAAAAAGCUCUCUAGGGAUCACUUUACCAACCCCUAAAAGGGCCACUAGAUCUUGCAGAAGUGGUCCUUAUAGGGGUUUUAUUAAGUGGCCUCUAUAGGGAAUAUACUAGUCGAUAGUUGUUAUAGCCUCGUGAAGAAGCAUUUCCAUUCGGAAAACUAAAUAAAUAACCCUUUUUUGAAUAAAAUUGAUAGGCCCUUAUAGGGACCACUUGAGCUUUAGGGCGUCAGACAUUGAAUCCCUAUAGGGACUACCUUGAUUUUACCCCCUAAAGCGACCACUUUUUCGGCUUCUUUAAGGGCUUUUUUUCCCUAACCCCUAUAGGGACCACUUGAGCUUUAGGGCGUCAGACAUUGAAUCCCUAUAGGGACUACCUUGAUUUUACCCCCUAAAGCGACCACUUUUUCGGCUUCUUCAAGGGCUUUUUUUCCCUAACCCCUAUAGGGACCACUUGAGCUUUAGGGCGUCAGACAUUGAAUCCCUAUAGGGACUACCUUGAUUUUACCCCCUAAAGCGACCACUUUUUCGGCCUCUUUAAGGGCUUUUUCCCCCUAACCCCUAUAGGGACCACUUGAGCUACAGGAAUCCCUAUAGGGACUACCUUGAUUUUACCCCCUAAAGCGACCACUUUUUCGGCCUCUUUAAGGGCUUUUUCCCCCUAACCCCUAUAGGGACCACUACAAAAUUUCUUAGGAUCACAUUAAAGACUUUUUCGGUCGAAGUUAGGCUUUGAAGCUUGAUAGGGAAAAAAUUGAUUGAUAUCGACUUUCUUCAAGACGUUCGCAACGUCGUACAGUACCAAAUACCCUACUGUAUCUCUGCAACCGACCUUUGCGGGGCUGUAAUAAUGGACGCCACCGGCGGUUCUUCCGCCGUCAGCACAUUCUUGCCCGGAAAUAAUGGCGCCGAGUAUCUCACUAGCCUUUCUCUUCAACAAGUUCUCCCCACCUUCGAAAAAUUAGUUAUUUUCAGCCAUUUUCAGGGUUCCUCCCUAAAUUUAUACGCCGGAACCAAAUUGAGCAAUGAUAGUAACCUUCUGGCGGUUUAUAGGUUGGAGAAAAUCCUCUUUUUUCAAAUAUCGAUUUAGCCCAUCGGAUGUCACGAACCGGCUGCCGCAGGAGAUCCUCGGAACUUUCAGGACUUAUUUUUUGCCUUCUGGAAAAGCAACACUGAUGUACAAGAGGACGGCUGAGAGCGGUAAUUUUCCUUUAGAACAAAACAUCGGUAGACACACUUUAGUAGCCCCUUGGACAUGCUCCGGAAAACUUUAGGGGUCACUUAAGAGUACUGACACCACUUAAGUGCCCCAAUACGCAGAAACAGGGCGCGUCAGAAAAAUUGGAAAAACCUCUAGUGGCCACUUGAGAGGUUCUUCAAGGGCUAAUUUGAGAAGGCGCUAAAGUGGCCACUAAACUAUUCAGCGUCGGGCCACAAUUGUGAUUUUUCAUAAUCUAGUAGAAUCACUUAGACUUCUGAAAAGCCCAUUAAAUUUUAGUGGUCACUAAUUCGAUCACUAUAGUGGCCACUAGAACCAUCUCUAGAGAAGCCCCUACUUAGCGUCUUAGUGGUCACUAUAGUAGUUUUUUGUGGUCUAGUAGUAUCGCUUAGACUUCUGAAGACCCCAUUAAAUUUUAUCCGCUUAAGUGGUCACUAAUUCGAUCCCUAUAGUGGCCACUAGAACCCCUAUAUAGAAGUUACUAUUUAGCGUAUUAGGGGUCACUAUAGUGUUUUUAAUAAUCCAGUAGCACGUCUCAGACUUAUAAAAAAUGGUUCUAGCCCCCUAAGUGGUCAAUAAUUCGAUCACUAAAGGGACCACUAAACAUUUUUCCGGAGUUUUGACCGUAGCUUGGCCGCAGAGCGUAUUUUCAAUCAAUUUUCUAAUUUUUGUAACUUUUAAAUAAAAAAAUAACUAUUUUAUUCCCGAAAUCAUAGUCUUAAAAUGCGAUUUAAAUGAAAAUUAUUGAUUUUCAGACAAAAAAAUGAACGUCGAAACUACGACAUUUCAAUUUACAGCAAAAUGGACCGUGCCGCGGGUUGGCCGAACUGGAUUUUUAAUGUCACGAAAUUACCCGUUUUUGGAUAAAAAUCAACAGUCCAACGACUUUUUCAACAGUUUUGAUGGUACCUCGACGGGUUUUCUCGAAAAUACGAAAAAAUUUCAGGUACUUCAAGCACACCUUUCCAAUUUACGUACACCUUGAAAGCUGGCGAUUUUGUGGAUGGAAAUUCGAAAAUUGUCAUUUCUGGAAGCAAUGGAAAGAAGGAAUAUAAUGCAGUGUUGGUUUUCAUUUUCAAGGAAAUUGCGAAAAUGACCAAAAAAGAUUUUUUCAAGAGGAUAGAAGAAAAGUAUGUGGAGUAUAAAUAAAAACGAGGUCCAGGAAAUCUGAAAAAAUUAAAAACCUGCUGCGGGGAAAAUAACUCCAGAGAAUAAUAUUAUUAUUUGAAAUUUUUAUCAUUUCUUCCAUUCAGAUGGGACCGCUCAAAACUUUUCUCAAAUUUACUAUGUCCAAUAAGAAUAGGCCCCCCCCUUUCGGACUUUUUGGCAAAUCUACAGGGUGAGCAAUAAAUAAAGAAACGCUUUUGAAACGUUAUAACUUUCUCAAAAGUCAACCAAACACCACCAAACUUAUAAAAAAUUUUAUUCAUACAAUAUAGAAACAAAAUUCAAGAAUAGUUUUCAGUUUUCUGAAUUCGUCAUUCCGCUUUUGACACAAUCAAUGAUUGCGGUACGGUACGGAGAUGGGGCUACCAUUACCUGAAAACUGAAAACUAUGAGCUGUAACUUCAAAAACACGAUAAGUGAGCAUGAAUGAACAAAAUAAACAAAAAAAAUUCAAAGGCCAGUCCUUUGUGCAAAAAGCAGCGAUCAAACAAAAAACGAUUUCAAUAUUUAUUUUUCACCCUGUAGAAAAGGUAUCAAAAAUCUGCUAGUGCCAUCAUUCGAUUCCGGGUACAAAAUAACCUCUGGAACCAAAGUUUUAUUAUACUAACCUUUUUUACUAGUAUAUUUUCCGAAAAUAAAUAUAGCACCUGAAAACUUUGGUCUUUCAGAAUUUUUCGUAUUUUUUUCCGUUUUAUUGACUUUUUUGUACUAUUUUCGAAAUGUUUGCGCAUCAAAUCUUCCUGAAUUUUUUUUUUGAAGGUUUGUGUCGCCUUCGAAGUGCCUUUUGGGGAAGUAGGAAUGACUGUCAGAGAGUGUCAAAGAUCACAACAACUUUGGAGAGUCAGAGAAAAUAUUUAAUUGUGUAUAAUUGAUUCAAAAAUAGCAUGGAAAAACACUUUCUGAGCAAUACAUACUUCUACCUUGGUAGCCGGAAGUUUCUGAGCAGUUCUAGGGACCACUUAAUGGUUCUGAAACUACUUAAGUGAUCACUUGAAAUGCUCCGACUCUUCUGAAUCACUUUCUCAAGAUCCGAGUAUAUCUAAUUCAGUUAUCAUUUAUCUCAAUUUGAACAGAUUCAUCCAUUUUUUUGUUCCAGCUUGGAUAGUUCAAGUAAACUCGGGACCAGUGAUUCGUUCAUUGCAACGAAUCCUUCAGUUGAAAUCAAGAAUCAAGGAAAUUCCAAGGGCUUUUUCCUGACUUUUGCCUUCGACAAGGCAGCUUUUUCUGGUAUGACUUUCCCAUUUUUCAAUAAACAGAUUAUUUUUCAGGAAGUCGAACGAUAACUUGGCUUGUUUCCAUUGGCGUUCUUCUACGGCUAGUGACGUAA